AUGUAGACUCCCACGAGGGGUCUCAUGCAAAAGAUUUCCGAAAGGGUUUAUUGUUUCUUUGCUUUCGGGAGCCGAAAUUGUUUGCUACCUACUCAGUUCUACAAUCAAAUAACGAGACGGAAUAAUGGCCGGUGGCAAGGCAGGAAAAGACAGUGGCAAAGCCAAGGCAAAAGCAGUGUCGCGCUCCCAGAGGGCUGGGCUGCAGUUCCCCGUGGGUCGUAUCCACAGGCACUUGAAGACUCGCACAACCAGCCACGGUCGUGUAGGAGCCACAGCAGCUGUUUACAGUGCUGCUAUCCUUGAGUACCUCACUGCGGAAGUACUAGAGUUGGCGGGCAACGCCUCCAAAGACUUGAAGGUGAAGCGUAUCACUCCCCGUCACUUGCAGCUGGCCAUCCGUGGUGAUGAGGAGUUGGACUCCCUUAUCAAGGCAACAAUUGCCGGAGGAGGUGUCAUUCCCCACAUCCACAAAUCCCUCAUUGGGAAGAAAGGCCAGCAGAAGACUGCAUAGAUGCCAUGUUGACCAGAAAUUUUGGGGCUGGGGCUUUGAUCGGACCAGGAGUUCACAUUUGUUCUUUUUUAUUAAUAUUAUAGCAAAAGAAGAGUGAUUGUUAGGCUUUGUGUUGUAAUAUUUUCCCAUAACUAGAAAAAGUACAGAAAACCCCUUAACGACAAAAAAAACCCUUUGUAUGUUUAUUGUAGAAGGUUUGACUGGGAAGUUCAUGAUUAUUUCAAAUGGUGACAGUGAAAUUGUUUGAUUGGCCUGGGACUCUGUAAUGUUUUAUACUGAAAAAGAAAUUGUUAAAACCGUUUUUUAUAUAAAAAAUACUUGUUUUGUGGUUAUUUUCUUGAAGUUACAAUAUUUACUAUAAAACAAGUUUUUAAGGCAAUGAUUUUUUUUUUUUUUUGGGACAGCAACAUGGGUAACAACAGCUAAAUGUGCCCCCACCCCACCCACUUUCACUUACAGUGAUAUUUUGAACUGCACAAAGAUAGUGAUGUAUUAAAAGCUGAAUUUUUCUACAUCUGAUUGAGACAUCAUUGAAAAGUACUUAUUGCAACUUCAUCUACAGUGUUUUGUGUUUGUUCAUAGCAGUUCAAAAAAAUGUAUCAAAUGCCAAUGUGAUCCUCUGCUGCUGCCAUCAGGUGACACUGAUCUAGCAGUUUUUGCAUCACUGUGGAGCCAUCUGUCAAGUACAUAUCACAGCUAUAUAGGCGGUGCCCUAAACUUUGGAGAACGGGGGUUGGAGAUUGAAAAUCUGGCAGAUGUGCACCAUAUCAAUGCUUUAAAAAUGUAUCCACCGUUUUUAAAUGUAUGCUCAAACUGAAAUGUCCCGACCUUAAGUCCACUACAUUUUUCCAAAUAAAAGUCGGAGCCUUUUCUAAAUGCUAUGUGUUCAGGGAAAUGACGUCUUCUAUCUUUGAAUAAAUACUCAUUGCAUGUUA